GACAAUCGAUUCUAUCCGUCCAACCUGUGUUCGUCGUCUCUGUGAGCGUUCCCUCCUGCUAAAGAAUGGUCUCAGGAAGAAUGAGUGGUCAUUCGAGUAGAACCAUUUACGUUGGCAACCUCCCUGGAGAUAUUCGUGAGAGAGAAAUAGAAGAUCUUUUUUAUAAGUAUGGGCCUAUUGUUGAUAUUGACUUGAAGAUCCCGCCAAGGCCACCAGGUUAUGCCUUUGUUGAGUUUGAAGAUUCUCGAGAUGCUGAAGAUGCCAUUCGUAGUCGUGACGGGUAUAACUUUGAUGGGCAUCGGUUAAGGGUAGAACUGGCACAUGGUGGGCGUGGCCAUUCUUCAACAAUAGAUCGUCGUAGUAGUCAUGGCAGCGGUGGCAGCCGUGGAGGAGUCUCUAGGCGUUCUGAAUACCGUGUGUUAGUCACAGGUUUACCUUCUUCUGCUUCAUGGCAAGACUUAAAGGAUCACAUGCGUCGAGCUGGGGACGUUUGCUUCUCUCAAGUGUUCCGUGAUGGUGGUGGUACGACUGGGAUUGUGGAUUACACAAACUAUGAAGACAUGAAAUAUGCUAUUAGGAAGCUAGAUGACUCUGAGUUUCGGAAUGCAUUUUCCCGUGCAUAUAUACGAGUGAAGGAGUACGACUCAAGGCGGAGCUUAUCUAGGAGCCAUAGUCGUAGCCGGUCCCACUCAAGAACUAAAAGUAAAAGCCCUAGUCGCAGUCGCAGUUAUAGCAGAAGCCGGAGCCAAAGUAAAUCCCCAAAGGCCAAGUCUUCUCGUCGUUCUUUGUCUAGAUCUCGAUCAAGGUCUGUUUCUUCUCGCUCCCAUUCAGGGUCAAGACCACGCUCUUUGUCAAGAUCUCCAUCAAGAUCGAAAUCUCCAUUACCCUCUCCUCGUAGCAAACGUGUGAGCAAAAGCCCAAAGAAGCAGAAGAGCCUUAGUCAUAGCCGGAGCCCAAGCAAGAGUCGUAGCCGCAGCUUAUCUCGGUCUCGAUCUCCAUCUGCAUAGUCAUUUCUCUGUAAGAUCUGGCUGCAGAUGAUCUGACAACUCAUGGUCUUCUAGUGAGGUUGGUGUUUGCUACUAUGCUGGAUAAAACAUUCUUGAUAAACUAAACAAUGGAAGAGUUGUACUGGGACAAAUUUAGAUGUUGGAAUUAAACAGUGAUUUAUUAUGCUUCUCCUAUGAUACUAAAAAGAUAAAAAUGCAUGUCCUAUUAAAACAAUGACUUGAAAUUUUGUUGGUUUGGACCUUAGAACUCUUGCUUUGUUUC